AUGUUUGGCGCUCCAUGUCCUGAAACAGUUCCUGUGUAUUAUAUUGUGACAUUACAUACUCUAGCUAUUGUUUCUAUCCCAAUCAACAUGAUUGGAUUCUACUUGGUGUGGUAUCAAUCUCCAAAACUCAGAGGAUACAAAUAUUGUCUUUGUUACUUACAGCUCGCCAGUUUCUUAACCGAAUGUCAUAUGUCACUGAUCUGCCCUGGUUACUACUUCUUCCCAAUUAUUGCUGGAUACAACACGGGUUUUGAAAUCAUCAGUUCUCAUUUGAGUAUGACAAUCUACGUUUUCAUUUUUGCAUUUGAAAUUCCAUCCGCUUUAUUAUGCUUCAUUUUCAGACACAACGCUGCAGAAAAUAUCAGUCGAGUGAAACCUCGAAAACUGUAUUUGGAGAAAAUUAUGUUGGUUCUCGCUCACAUAUUCCCUUUUGCAUCUGCUUUUGCUAUGUGGAAGUCCGGAUUGCCAGAUCAAUUGAAACGGGAUUACGUGAAAGAUAACUGGCCGCAGUGUUUGGAAUGGUUGAAGUUAAACGCUUUCGAAGUUUAUGACUACAAAUUGAAUCCGUGGUUAGCAGUUGUUGGCAUUGGUGCGGUUCUAUUUGUGUUUUUGGUUUAUACAUAUGGUCUAACUCUUGGUCUCCAUACAAUGACAAUACUACAGAAACAUCAGAGAUCAAUGUCUCGUCAAACAUAUCAAAUGCAUAAAACUGCUUUGUUCAGUCUAAUUAUGCAAUCCCUGAUUCCCGGAGCAUUGAUAGUCAUUCCGUUGGGUGUAUGCAUGUUUGUGGUUGUUACUGGGGCAGUUGGGUUGCAAGUCGGAUCUCAUUCAAUGUGUCAGUGUAUUGUAAUGAUAUCAAGUAAUGCAAAAUAUCGACGACUUCUAAAAGAAAAGGCAAGAGCAUUUUUUGGGUUCAUGACAAACAAAAAAGUUUCCACCGAGCAGAGCCAACGUGGAAACAGUAUCUUUGUAAUCCACAGUUCCGGAGCCUGA